CUCAGAGUUUAUUUUAUUGUAGUCCAUCUGCAUUUUCACAGCCAUGGUGUUCAUUAUUAUCGUUUUACUGAAUCUCCUCAUAGAGGCUUCAGUGUCGUUGACUGUGGUGGUUCCUCCUGAUCCUAUAGUGGCUCAUGUGGGAUCCACAGUGAUUCUUCCCUGCUGGAUCUCUCCUCCUGAGAACGCUGAAGCUCUGGAAAUCCGCUGGUACCGUCAGGAUCAGUUCAACAACCCUGUUCUGCUCUAUAAUCAAGGGAAGAUCCAGGACGUCCAGGAGGAAUCAUACAGGAACCGAAGCUCUCUGGCUCUGCGGUCAGAUCAGUCUGGUGGACUGAAAUAUGGAGAUGUCUCUCUACGACUGGAGAAACUCAGAGUACAAGAUGGAGGUUUAUUUCACUGUUAUGUGAGCGGAGAACAUUCAUAUGGGAGUGAAGAGAUGACUCUCAAAAUCACAGCUUUAGGAUCCGCUCCUGUCCUGUCUCCAGAGUCUCUAGAUGAUGGUCGUGUGAACAUCAGCUGCAGGUCCAGCGGCUGGUAUCCAGAGCCCAGUGUCUCCUGGACGUCAGAUGAAGGAAGGGUUCUCCGUCCUGGAGGAACGUCUCACACUCGUGGAGCAGAUGAGAUGAUCUCUGUCCACAGCUGGACGGCUGUCUCUCUCUCAGACGCUCAACUGGUCUCAUGUUCAGUCUCUCUCAGACCUGGAGAAUUAAAAGAAGGAAGACUGGACAUACAGGGCAUUGUGUGUUCAGAUUCAUCAGGUCCAUGGAAGGCUCUUUUCUUCUCCGUUCUCAUCUGUUCUCUUCUGGGUUCGGUUUGGCUGAUCUUCUAAUAUAGGUGGAAAGAAGCUAAUUAGGGGCCAAGCCCAAAGGGCUGUAGCCCCUAUUGUAU